AUGGGCAAACGAUCAAAGAAUGCAUCAAAGCAAAAGGCAGAUGAAGUAGAGGUUGAAGAAGAAGAUUAUAUCGUCGAAAAAAUAGUUGACGAGCGAUAUGUGGAUGGUACACUAGAAUAUUUUUUAAAAUGGAAGGGCUAUUCGUCACUUGAUAACACAUGGGAACCAGCCGAAAAUCUAGAUUGUCCUGAGCUUCUUGAAGAGUUUAAGAAGACCCGAGUAGCACCCCCCAGAGAUUCCUCUUCAGAAUCAGACUCAAGGAAACGAAAAGCAGAUGAAAACUCAAACGCAGAACUCAAGAUCGCUAAAACGUAA